AAACUUAAAAUUUAAACACAGUAUUAAUCUUUUAAUUUUUUCUUUGAUGCAAAGUAUGCAAUGAUUUUUUAGUCUGUAAUUUUAAAUAAUGUUGAAGUUAGGCAAUUUUCCACAUAUAUUAUCAUUUUAAGAAAUAUUAGUUAAGAUAAACAAUUUUGCUAUAUUCUGAUCAUCUUAACAUGCAUACAAUAUUUUUUUAUCUGCUGAGAAUCUUUUAAUAUUGGGGAAAAAGAAAUCCAUUAUUUUUUCACUAGACGGCUGUAGUGAUACAUAUCUCAUAAAAUAUUGAUGACACAAGUUCAGACUUGUACUUAUUGGAAAAGUGACAUUCUGUACUAAAAAAAAUUCUUUUACAGUUUUUUGAUUGGUCAAUUCAGUUGUGAGUUAUAGGGUGUAAAAGAUGGAAGUUAACAAAGAGAAAAUUAGGUAUGUUUUACAAUUUUGCUUCGAUAAAGGCGAAAAUGCAAGCCAGGCAGCUGAAAUUGUGAAUGGUGUUUAUGGUCCUGAUACUGUCACAGCCAAUUAUGUGCAAUUUUGGUUUCGUCAGUUCCGUUCUGGUAAUUUCGAUGUUAAAGAUGCACCUCGCACAGGUAGGCCCGUUGUCGAAAAUGUCAAUAAAAUCAUGGAAAUGAUAGAAGUAGACUGGCACGUUAGCACUCGUAGCAUUGCCCAGGAGCUAAAGAUUGACCAUAAAACAGUUCUAAACCAUCUGAAUAAAGCUGGAUUCAAAAAGAAGCUUGAUGUUUGGGUGCCACAUGAAUUGACGGAAGAAAACAUUAUGGAUCGAAUUUCCAUCUGCGAAGCCUUGGCCAAACGGAACGAAAUCGACCCAUUUCUUAAACGGAUGGUGACUGGGGAUGAGAAAUGGGUUACAUAUGGCAAUAUUGUGCGAUAACGAUCGUGGUCAGUGUGGUGAAGCGGCUCAAACGGUGGCUAAACCAGGACUAACAGCCAGGAAGGUUUUGCUGUGCAUUUGGCGGGACUGGAAAGGAAUCAUCUACUAUGAGCUGCUUGCAUAUGGCCAAACACUAAAUUCGGACCUCUACUGUCAACAAUUGGACUGUUUGAAGCUAGCGAUUGAUCAGAAGUGGUCAGAAUUGGCUAACAGGGGAGGUGUUUUACUUCAUCACAACAACGCCAGGCCACACACAUCUAUAGUGACUCGCCAGAAACUCCGGGAGCUUGGUUGGGAAGUUUUGAUGCAUCCACCUUAUAGUCCAGACCUGGCACCAAGCGAUUACCAUAUUUU